CUCACUCCAGUCACUGCCAGACUCAGUGGCUCAGGCAGGAAUGCAGCAGGCAAGGCUUACCCUCGUGGCUGCGGCUGUGUGUGUGGCUCUUCGGACCUCAGAAGCCAUCCUCCCCAUCGCUUCCAGCUGCUGCACCGAGGUUUCCCACCAUGUCUCCAGAAGGCUUCUGGAGAGAGUGAACGCCUGCAGCAUCCAGAGAGCCGACGGGGACUGUGACUUGGCUGCUGUCAUCCUCCAUGUUAAACGCAGAAGGAUUUGCGUCAGCCCGCACAAUCAUACGUUGAGGCACUGGAUGAGGGCCUCACAGGUGAAGACAGGCAAAGGAAACCCCUGCCGUAAGAGCGACAGAAAGAGUCACACCCCGAGGAAGCACGGAACACAGAGCCACAAAGCUCCAGCCCCAACAGUGGACUGAGACAUAUGGAGGUGGGAGAGGACAUCUAUCCCUGCUGUUCCCAAAAAGAUGAGGAGACACAUCUCAUUGAUAGCAUUAAAACCUCUGCCACCAGCACUGUGGGUGAAGAUUAUUGGCAAAAGCCACUUUCCUAGACCACAUGGGCCUCGACCUGAUCUGAUGCACUUUGAUGUAUUCCCACAGUGGAGGAAACUACAAAAUAUUAGUCUUUGGCUUGCAAAAUCUUUUUCUUCAGGUCCGUCUUUUGAAUCUAUCGUCGGAUUUUAUCGGGAAGUAUAGCAUUCUUUGAUAGCCCAACUCUGGCAUGCCUUUGGCAGGCAACCCUGAGGAAUAACGCCACUGUCAUUCGGCAUCAUCAAAGUGCGGGUCUAAGUGCCAAAGAAAGCAGCACUAAAUUUACAAUUGUAAUAAAACACAAUAACACAAAAU